AUUCCAAUUCCCUAACACACAAACCCCUUACCUUCUGUCACUUAUUGUAUCACUUUCGUCCAAGAGCAGAGAAGAGGAGAGACUAUGGGAAUCAACCAUUUCAUCCUUACGCUUAUCUCCCUCACUUGUCUCUUCUCCUUCUCAACCUCUACCGAUGCACCUCCACCCCUUUCUGAUGCUUCUGGCUCCGCUUCUUUGAAACUUUAUGAUAUGAUUGAGAUCAUGUCAGAAUCACCAUCUCCAUUUGCAUUCGAUGGUACAAUAUUGGAAAGUAUUGAGGAUGUGUUAAGCAUACUACCUGGAGGUGUUGACCCUGCCCUUCAGGAAAUUUGUGGGAACACUGACCACCCCAUCGAAUGUAUAAAAGCAACUAUGCCAUUCCUAGAUGAGAAAGCUCCUAUUAAGCCUCUUUCUGUCCUUAAAGCUGGGGUUGAAGCAAUGGAUAACCAGACCAAAAAUGCAUUGGCUGAGGUUACAAAGCUCUCAAUGAACCCUACUACCCUUAAAAAUGUUGUUCCCAUCCUUCAAACAUGCAUCGAUGUCUACAAUAAUAUUCUUAACAAUGACCAAAAAUCCCUUGAAGCCAUCACUAAUCAUAACCUUGUCAAGUUGAGCACAGAGUUAGGCGCUAAUGUGGAAAACGUACUCGGUUGUGAAAAUGCAUUCAAACAAGCUAAGCUUGAAUCACCGAUGAAAGAGAUGGAUGCAAAGCUUGCAAAGAUCAUUAGCAACACCUUGACCAUUGGUGUCGACAUGGUCCACUUUUAAAAGAGCAACUUAUUAAUAGUUUGGUAUUAGGCCAAUAAACAAAAAUGCUAUGUCAACAUUCUUCUAAUGAUUUAACGGAAGAACGAUAAAAGAAAUCAAAUGUUGAAAAUAUUAAUGAUGAAAUUGAAAAUUUGUCUUUACUUGGUGAUCAAAAUAAAA